AUGCCCCUACAUGUGUAUGUGGCCGCUCCACAACACUGCUUGCACUUCGCUUCACGUCAUACGUGGGGGACCGACAGCAAGUGGCUACGUGAAUGCCAAAUCUGCCAACAAAGAAGGACGGAAUGGUGAACGUCCUUUCAACAACAGGAAGAUGUGCGCUCUUCGAGGCUGCGCUAAGCGACCGCCAGGCGGGCGGCGUGUGGCUUGGCCGCUAGCACGGAGAGGAAGUUCUUCUCGAAACACGACAAGGGUGAGGAGUGAUAAAUCUUGCCCUUCGCGGUGUGGUCACACAGGCCGUACCAAGCAUUGGGCGUGUGCCGCGGCCAGCAGCAACAUACCAAAGUUAAUUCUGGGUCGGACAUGAGAAGGGCGGGAUGGUGGACGCCGUCAACAAGAGGUGUGCUCAUCCAGCCUGCGCCAAGCAGCGGGCGUAUGGCUCGUGGCCGCCAGCAAGGAGCUACUGGGAUGUAAACACAAGAAGGAUGGAAUGAGAACUCUCGCACAAGAGGUUGCCCUCAACGACGCUGCGCCAAGCAACCGGCGGUUGGCUUGGCCACCAGCGAGGAGAAGGUGAUGAGCUCGUCACACACAACAGAUGGUGAACAUCCAUCCGUAGGACAGCGUGCCUGGGCCGGUGGAAGAACUUAUGGUCGAUCAACCUCACUGCCGACAAGAACACCCGCCCUAGCGGCGACAGCUGGACUGACGGCCGGUCUGGGCGAGAACAAUCUA